AUGGAAUCCGAAAAGGAGUUCGACUUGGUUCUGGUCGGUCCUACGGGUUACACUGGGAGACUUUGCGCAGAGCAUAUUGUCAAGAACUUGCCGACGAAUCUGAAAUGGGCUCUAGCAGGUCGCUCGGUGCAGAAGAUUGAAGUCAUCGCCAAGGAGCUCAAGACUCUGAACCCUGACCGCGCCGCGCCAGCGCUGACGCACCCUCAGAGAUUCUGGCUGUACAGCUCAAUAGGCAAGAAUUGGAACCCCUCGUCCAGAGGACUAAAGUCAUCAUCAAUUGCGUUGGCCCAUACCACCUUUACAGCACUCCUGUUGUUGAAGCAUGUGCUAAUCAUGGAACUCAUUAUGUGGACGCCACUAAGAAACCCAUUGGGCAGCACUGGAGAAACACCCUGGAUUAGGGAAAUUAUUGAAAAGUAUCACGAUGUCGCGAAGUCCAACGGAGCUAUCAUUAUCCCAUCUGUCGGUGUUGAAAGCGCCCCAGCAGAUAUCUUAGCUUGGUCUGUUGUUAAGCGAGUUCGGGAGGAUCUCUCAAGUGACACAAAAGAGGUAAUUGGUGCAAUUGAGGAGAUGAAGAGCUCGGGACCGAGCGGUGGCACACUGAAUACGGUGCUCACAAUCUUCGAUUCUCUUUCCUUCUCCGACAUCCUCAAAUCCACGGACCCCUUCGCUUUGGCCGCCUCCGCGCCCCCCAAGAAUGUCCCCAGCGAGCCACUUGUAGACAAGAUCCUAGGUGUCAGGUCUGUUCGGGACUUGGGUACUCUCACCACGUCGCCAUCGGCUAUGGCAGACAUCACAAUUGUGCACCGCAGCAGUACCCUGAUGCCGGAAUUCUACGGGCCACUAUUCUACUUCCGGCAAUUUGUCAAAGUUAGAAAUGCACUUGUCGGCAUAAUCUUUCAUUAUGCCUUCAUCAUCGGCUUGUGUCUUCUGACACUCCCUCCCGUGCGCGCACUGGUGCGACAGUUCGUCUACGCCGCAGGUCAGGGGCCGCGGAAGGAAGAUUCGGUCAAUGACCGUGUUGAGUACCGUGCAGUAGCGACGGCCGAUCAAAAGACGGCUGCACCGCAGCGUGUUUUCGGCAAAUUCAAGUAUGAGGGGUCAAUGUACGCACUGACGGGUUUGCUGCUUGCCGAGGCAGCAAUGGUCAUCUUGGAGGAGACGGAGCGAGUGAAGAAGGUGUCCCGAUGCGGCAUAGUAACUCCAGCAACAUUAGGACAACCGUUCGUUGACCGAUUAGAGAAAGUUGGAUGCCACCUUGAGACUCAGGUCUUUGACUACUGA